GAUUUUUUAUUCUUUCAUUUCCUUUACUUCAAAAGACCCUCAUUUCCUUUACUUCAAAAGACCCUUCUUAAUUUAUAUGCACAUCAAUUCUUACAUGCAUGCCUAUACAAGGGCUUUUUGAACAUCACCAUUUGCCAUCAUCAUAGAUCGUAAAAAAGAGUUUUUUUUUUGGCCUAAACUCUUUUCAAGAAUUGUCCUUUUGGCUUGAGAGAAUUGAACCUUCUUUUCAACCUUGUAAUUAGAUGGAGCACUUGUUGGAGAAGGCAAAAAUCAUUCGUCUCAAAACUCACAAUGGCAAAUACCUAAUAGCAAGCAAAGAUGAGAAAUCUGUACGCCAAAGUCGUGAUGGCUCAUCAGUAAAUGCACUUUGGUCUGUGGAAUUUGUUGAUAACCAACAUUACCUGCGCCUUAAAAGUUGUUAUGGCAAGUACUUGACUGCUUCAAAUGUUCCAUUUCUUCCUAAGGUCAGUAGAUCAAGAAAGGUCAUUCAAACUCUGCCCAAAAAGUUGAGUUCCGCAACAGAAUGGGAGGUUGAACAAGAUGGAUCGUUAUAUCAAAUUCGCCUAAAGACGCGAUAUGGCCAUUUCCUGAGACCCUUUGGAGGAAUACCCCCAUGGAGAAAUCUUGUCACCCAUGAUGUUCCCCAUAGGAAGAAAUCUACUUUGUGGGAAAUUGAUAUUAUGGAGACUCAUUUGGUUCAUAGGAGGGUUCAAUCUGCUCCAAAUUUCCCCCAACUUCCUAAAGCAUUCUCUUGUGCUUUUACUGAGCACGUAUAAACAAAUGAGUUGAUAUAUCAUCCUAAUUUAUGGGAGCUUUUCAUUUCAUUAACCCGAGAAUCAAUGAUUUUCUGAUACCAAAAUGUCCGCCUAUAGUUCUUUUGUGUAUAUCCUACGUUUUGAUUCUUGUCUUGUCCAUGUUAUGAUUUAUAAAAAGGAAACAAAAUAAAAAGAAGAUGCAUGCAUAUGUCUCCUCCUUUU